UCCAGGAAGGCAUUCGCCCAAAUGAAUAUUAAGGAUCAUCCUGAAGGAGUCCAAGCAAAUAUUAAAGGUUCUAUACCCGGUUGGCUAAAAGGAAGUUUCUUGAGAACAGGUCCAGGAAGGUUUGAGGUUGGAGAAUCUAAAUACAAACAUUUCUUUGAUGGCCUGGCCCUCCUUCAUAGGUUCACCUUUGACAAUGGCUCAGUCAUGUACCAUAGCAGAUACUUGGAUAGUAACUCCUACCAAACAGCUAUGAAGGAGAAUCGCAUUGUCUUCACUGAAUUUGGAACGGCUGGGUUCCCUGAUCCCUGUCUCAACAUCUUCAGUCGCGCCAUGUCUACUUUCCUAACCCGUCUCAAGUUCACAGACAAUUGCAAUGUGAACUGGGUCCGUUCUGGAGACCAGUUUUACACUAUCACAGAGACUCCUAUGAUUCAGAAAGUAGACCCAGUGACACUGGAAAAGGAAGAAACGAUUGAUAUAUCUAAGAUCAUCUCAGUAUUCACUGGUACGGCCCAUCCUCACCAGUGCCCUGAUGAGACUGCGUAUAACCUGGGUGUUAACUUUGGUGCAAGAAGUACUUAUAAUAUCAUCAAAUUACCACCACAAACUAAAGGUAACGAUGAGUCCAUCUACAAGCAAGCAUCCAUUGCACUCACGAUCCCCACCACGGACACCUACCCUUCCUACUCCCAUAGCUUCUUCAUGACACCAAACUACUUCAUCCUGGUCGAACAACCUCUCUUCAUCAACAUGAUCAAGCUUGCAUCCCUAGCCGUAAUGGGCUACUCCUUCCUUGAUGUCCUAGACUUCUGCCCGGACAAGCCCACCAGGUUUCACGUUGUAAGGCGCUCUGACAGCACUCUCCUGGAGACCAAGUAUGUCACCGAGGCACAGUUCUUCUUCCAUCAGAUCAAUGCCUUUGAGAAGGAAGGUCACAUAGUACUUGAUAUGUGUAGUUAUAAGGAUAAUGAGAUCAUGAAGAGGUUGUACCUGAAGCCGUUGCAGGAGGAUGGUCUGAUGGACGCCGGAUCACUCUGCAAGAGAUACUACCUUCCUAUUGACGUAGAGGGUUUCCAGCCAGGUGAUACUGUAUCAACCAUGCAUAAGAACGAAACCACUGCUAUCCUUGAAGCGGAAGGUACAGUCUUCUGUAAGCCAUUUGUCCUGGGUGAACUUGGUAUGGAGAUGCCAAGAAUAAACUAUGAGAAGUACAAUGGCAAACCUUACCAGUAUGUUUAUGGUAUCAUAUCUUCUGCUGAACGUGAUAAUGGGAUUGCCAAAUUAAAUGUAGACGAUGGAACAAAUAGGCAGUGGUAUGAAGAUGGUUGCUUCCCUUCUGAACCUGUCUUUAUCGGAACACCAGAGGGCCAAGAUGAGGAUGAUGGCAUUGUCUUAUCAUCGGUGAUAAACUUUAAUGAAGGGGGUUGCCCUUUCCUGUUGGUUCUUGAUGCCAAGACUUUUACUGAGAUAGGACGGGCGGAGAUACCCAUUGAGGGUAUGCCUUAUGGUAUUCAUGGUUAUUAUGCAGAAGGCAUCUAGAAUACUUCCUGGAUUUCACUGUACAGGUGAUGAGAAAACAGGUCCUUCAUUUAAGAUCUCAUCCAAGGGAAAUAGUUCCAGUGGGGAAUCUGUAUCUACUGUAUUGAUCAUUGCAAGCGUCAUCACUGGUACAGCACAAGUCCCGGAACUACAGCCUCUCCAUUGGUGUUGAACAAACGUUCAUGAUGUCAUCUUCCUCGUCAUGUUGAAGUAGUACUUUUCUUCACAAUAUGAGCUUCAUUUAGCACCCUAUCAGAGGAGUGCAUUGAAAUUCAAAUGCAGAUUUUAGUCAUGUAUUUAGUCAGCAAUGCUACUUUAUAAUGUUGAUAUUUUAUUCAUAUAACCUAGAAUCUAUCUUCUAUGUCAUUAAGUGGCUAAGCCAAAAUUUUGUCAAGUUCAUGUAUUUAUCUGGUUAUUUUUGCUCCUUUUACUGUUGAAUCAUAAUUAUCAAGUUUAACAUGUUUUAAAAACAAUUAAUCUCAAAAACAUCCACAUGCAUUUUUAAAUUUACGCAUGCAGGGUUUAGCUUGCGAGGUGAGCAUGUAACUUGGGUUUCUUUAAGAGAGGUAGUUGUACUUAAUAAUAGAAAGUUAUUAAAGAAGUUCACUAAAAGAACAUCAAAUGUUUUUAAACUUGUAAAUGGUAUUUUGUGGCUAGAUUUGACAAAAUUCAAUGAAAACAAUUGCACAAUACAUGUAGUUUUAAAAGUUAACAGGAUAAUAAUGUGAGGCUAUUAUAUUAUUCUUAAAGUUACAGUCAUGAGAAUUGACAUACAUUUCAUUAUAUACGUAUGUUUGUAUAUAUUUGUAGUUAUAUAUGUGCAGUCUUGUUUAUGGCCCGAUUCAUGCCAUACUACCCAGCAUUGGUAUUACACAACUGCUUUCAUACUGCUUCAUGUAUACUUUUAUUGUAAAAGUAGAACUGUGCUUAUUUCCAUGUUUUUUUUACCAAAAGAGCUUUAAUUCUCGCUACCCCAAAUAGGAACAAAAAUCUCAUAAUGCGCGAGACGAGAUAAUUUUCACUCCGUCGGGUCGUCAUCACCACUUCCGGUUUAGAGUCAUGCUCGCGCGAGGUUCGCGAUACUGAGUUUUCCACCACGCUGAAAUCGAUGCCAAUCAGCGUAAUAUGUACAGAGUAUAAUACUUUUUAUUACAUUUGGUCAGUUUUGAUUCCAUUUGAAUUAUAAAUAAAAAUAAAAAAUAUAUUUCACGUGAGAAUAAUUUUUAUUCAUGUUUUUAUUUGGUUAUAAAAAAAUCAAACAAAUAAUGAAUAUCUUAAAAUUUUGCAUUUAGCGACCGGCCUGACAUCACGAUCGUAUUCAACUAGACACUAAAUAUAUUCAGCAUUCAUUUCGUUCAAUUUUUCGUCGACCACAAAAUGGAUAAAAAUCAGUUUCGGAUCUUAAAAAAAUCUUAACUGACAGAUGAAUACCGUGCAAUGGAAAGCGUCAGGCAGAAUUAGUGACUUUAGCAGAAAAGACUGUAAAACUGUUAGUGAAAGAGAGGGUUGUGAUCACGAACUUUCCGAGCGAAAGCUACGUUGUGUUGUUGUGCAUGACGGCACUGUUGAUCUAAAUGGCAAAACAGUGCGUUGGACUUCCGAACAGGAAGUUGUAAUACCGAAAAAGCUAUCCCAUAAUGCAAUGCACGUUACAGGGAUUUUCCCGGAUCUCGGCGAAAUCGCUAUUUGGGGUAGCGAGAAUUGUAAACCAAACCCUUUAAUGUUCAGAAACUGCAUUCCGUGAUUAAGUUAUCACAUUAAAGUACUCCAAAAGCUAUUCCAUUUUUAAAGUUUUUGUUUAAAAGUACAUUUUAUGUCAAUAAUCCAAACUGAGCAGUUCUUGAUACUCCCCGACCUUCCUGUCUUUUCCUUUCAUUCUAUCUCUUUACUUUUCUCUAUUUUCUUUUCAUUUCUCAAACCUUUUAGCCCAAAUACACAAUAGUUGUUUCAAUUGACCAUAGUACAAAACCAUGGACUAUGCGAGUUCUUGUGCAUUAUUAUGCUUAUUCAUUGUGUACACUAAGAAAUGUCCAAUUAGAAAUGUGUGCUUUUGCAAAGGGCGCUGAAUUCAUGCUGGAAUGAAGCGUGAUGAUAACAACUAACGAGGUAAUGAAGGUUUGCCAUGAGUGUGUGUAUGAUUCAUCAAGGGUUUUUUUUUUUAGAUUAAGAUUGUUAAUGGAUGUUGUUUUUUAUGUAGAGAUAAAGAUUGACAACUAUUAAACCUAGAUAUAAUUUCUCUUAUUAACGGGUACAUAGAAAUAUGUAUGAAACUCUCUUAUUGGAAAAUCAAACGUUUUGUCUUACUCUGUUUUAUUUAUUUAUUCAUCUAUUUUUGUUCAUGUAUUUUUUUUAAUUUUUUUUUUAUUCAUCUAUUUGUCAAAGGAAAUUUUAAUGUGAUUAUUUAUUGUUUUUGUUUUUUGUCCUUUGAUUUAUUUCCAGUGUGCUUAAUUAUGUAUUCAUGCUAUUUAUGUACCGGUAUCAGUAUGUGUAAAUUGUGUGCAAUCUUUUUACUCAUGAGGUCUUGGAAGAGUAUGAUAUAUUUCAUAUAUUUAUGAUGCAUAUAUUCACUUGUAUAAACAUGCCACCUGUGUCAUCAUCACUUUAUAAAAGCAUGUUUGUGUGCGAAAUACAUGUAUGAUGGUUUUCCCCUUCUUUUUAAACAGUGUUUAAUUGCCAUGUUCUUUGUAUUCAAUUUGAAUUAAAUGUAUUUUAUUGAUGUACAGAAUGUUAUUUGUUAAUAUGAAAACCAAUAGACUGUGUAAAGCAUGUACAAUAUAUCUUAUUUUAUUUACUUAAAUUUAUGAAAAGUGAUAUAAUCCUUAUACAUGUAUGUAAGGCCGUGUUUAUGCUUCCACUUUUCAGGCCAGAAUCAGCGUUUCCAAACGUGAUUAGUCCAAAACACGGUUGCGUCCAUGCUUACUUUCAUUUAAACGCUGUUUCAAAACGCCGAUCGUAAACUCACAAAAAGGUGCGUUUGUAAACGUCGUUUGACCAGAAUCAGGCUUUCUGGGGAAGUAUAAACAGAACCACGAUCGUAAACGUGUUUAAAUUACGUCAUUUGGUACAUGCUUCCGGUGAGAUGAAAAUCCGCGGGCUAAUACAGUCGCAUUGCUCCAUGGUCGCAUGUUACCUCCACGGAAUUACCUCUCAUCUCCCUUGUUACAUUUGCAUGUGUGAUAAUUGAUUUAAGUAGUAUCACUAGUAUUACUCUUCCAAUUUGUCAUCACGAUGAAUGUUGAAGGAUUUACAUUAAAAAAAAUCCUGGAACAUGAGUUAUAAUGAGGAGACAUCGCCAGAUGCCCCUGUAGCAUAAACAAAUAGAUGUUUUAUUAUUUUGUGUACUUAAUAUUCUUUAUUUUUUCUUACUAUUAUCCUCACCAUGGUGGAAAUUAUAUGGCUUUAUCAAGAAGCUCCAUUCAAUAACUAAAAUAUCGGAAAUUGUUCGAUGUUUAUAUAACAGUCGACGUACCUUCCCCAUAACAACACU